AUGCAAAAGUCAAGAUGAAGCUCAAGAUCAAGAUCGUCAAGACCUAGGUCAUACGCCACCUUAAUUUCCCUAUAAUUCUAUCACUGGCUUUGAUUUUGUUUCCAAAUGCAGAAGUUAAGAUCAAGCUCCUCAGCCGAGGAGGUUGCCGGAAGCAUAGACACUCUGUCGGAGAUUCUUCUCCGACUACCGGCGAAAUCCCUUCUCCAAUUAAAGUGCGUGUGCAAGCAGUGGCUAACCCUCAUCUCCGACCCAAACUUCUGCCACUCUCACUCCCUCCACAACUCUACCCCUUGCGCCCUUCUUCUCUCUUACUCCCACAACCUCUACGUCCUCCCUUUGACCCCAACCUCCCCCACACGCCUUCUCAGCCUUGAUUUCCUCAACCGCCCUCACCUUUCCGUUGUUCGCUCCUGCAACGGCCUUCUCCUCUGCCACUCCAACUCCACCUACUUCGUCUGCAACCCAACUACCAGAAAGUUCCACACUCUCACUCUCCCUUCCCCGCACCAACCGCGCGCUCUUUAUCUCGCUUUCGACCCUUCCACAUCGCCACACUAUCAACUCCUUUCACUUCAAACACUCCAUAGCCAAAAUUCCCACCAAGUCCCUUGCGUCUUCCACGUGUACUCCUCCAAGACCCGUUCCUGGACCCACCCCCAAGCUUCUUUCACUGCCCCAUCCGAAAUCAUUACUGCUUCUGGGGUUUAUUGCAAGGGUGCCAUUCAUUGGUGCAACGAUGCUGAUAGUUCUCUUUACUUUAACAUCGAUGACAUGUCCCUCAGAUAUUGGCCUAUGCCUCUGUCUGAUUAUGAAUGGUGUAAUCGACGAGUUGACUAUUUUGGACAAUGUGGGGGGCGUUUGCAUUUGAUAAUUAGUAUCAUUAAUCAACCUUUGGAGUUCCAUGUUUACGAGGGAAAGCAAGAUUACUCGGCUUGGUUAUUGAAACACCAUGUUGAUGUUAAUCCCAUGAGAGUUGAAUUUCCAGAGUUACGUUGGGGUUGGGCAAAUUGGGCCCUUCCCUUUUAUAUUGCUUGCCCUGUAGAAGAAGAAAAGUCGAUGUUGAUAUUGCUUCUUGGUGGAACUGUCCUAUCGUAUUGUCCUUGGAAUCGAACUUGGAGAAGAGCGUGCGAGUUUUGGCCGGGUAUGACCAUUUAUGAUGCCAUGGCUGUUUAUAUGUUGGGUCCUGUCUUUCAAUAUUUUGAAAACUUUUCUUCUCUUCAAACUUAGUGUGUUAACUUUUAGGAAUUUAAGUCUUUGAUUUCAAAUUUAACGACACAGUUUUAUUACACUGAUUUUCUUGAAAAAUGAAACUCCUAAAUACAUGAAAUGAAAAUUUGGCCAUUAAAUUUAAAAUUAAUGGCUUAAAUUCAGCCAAAGUCACUAGCUACCUAAAGGUGUAGAGAAUCCAAACUUUCAAUGGGGGUGAAUCCGUUUUGUUGGCAGAAUAUCUUGAUUCUUGGAUCUCUGAUUUUUGGUUGGGUGCUGGUUUUUAAAACGUAUCUUUGUUGGUUAUACAUGUGGAUAAAUAUAUUGACUACAAAGUAUAUAUAUAUAGAUUUAGAUUUGAUUAGACGCCACUGCAUCUAUAAAAUAUUCAUAUGUUGAUAUCAUACUAUAUGAUGUUUUGGUGGAUAAUUUAGAAACUACAGUUGUAAUAAAUCUGCUUUUAGAAAAUACUGUAGAAACGAAAUGGUCAGCUAGUGAGAUAAUGAAAAAAAUAUUUUUUUUAACAUGUGUUUAAGGAUACAAUAAAAAACUAAAUAUUAAAUUUUAUUAAAAGUUGUAACAUUUAAGUUAUUAAUGCAUUGAAUUUUGUAAUGUCUUACUAUUUCAUUUCUGAGAAAUAGUCUUUGAAGUUAAGGUUGUGAGACAAUAAAUUAUCUUCGUUUUUAUUAAAAAUAUUAUAAAAUUUCUAAAAAAAAUUUUACUUUAAAAUUAUAAAAUGACUAUUAUUUUUUUUUGGCUAAAAGAAUAUUUUUAAAAAAAAUUAUUUUUAUUAUGUGUCUUUAGUCAUAUUUUA